AAGCAAAGGAAAAGGGUAGCCCUGACGACUGACAGACGGUGGACCGUUUCGAAAAGAAAAAAGAAAAAAAAAAAAAAAACUAAAAUUUACAAAAUUUGUGAGCCGAAAUUUGAAAAAUUUCCCUGUUUUCUUUUCUUUUCGAAGAAGGGUCGACGAAAAAGUAGAAGCCAAUCCAUCGACGAAGCAAAGAAAACAGAGUUAAAGAACGAGUGCCAAGAUUCAAAGACCUCUCCUUUUUCUCAAUUCCUGUUUUUCUUCAACUCCCAAAUUUGCUUUCAGUUUUAAAUCACCCGAUAUUUCAGUUAAGAAGACGAUCCUACUCCUCUGUUUAUCCUUCCUUUUUGUUGAUUUUAUCCCAAGGAAGAGCGAUCCAGUCAGCUUCUCAAAUCGUGCGAAUUUUGUCGAGGUUUUGGGUAUGUACGUGGAUAUCAUAUGAUUUUGGAAGUGGGCUUUCUGUUGAUUCAUUCAUAGCAUUUGUUAGUUGGGAAUUCAGAGUGAGGGAGUGAGAUGAGGACGAGUUCAAAGACGGAAGGACCUUCAACCCCGGCUCUUCGACGAGACCCAUAUGAGGUAUUAUCUGUAUCCAGAGAUUCUACAGAUCAGGAAAUUAAGACUGCUUAUAGGAAACUCGCGCUCAAGUAUCAUCCUGAUAAAAAUGUAGGGAAUCCUGAGGCUUCAGAAUUGUUCAAGGAGGUUGCUUAUUCUUACAACAUUUUAUCUGAUCCAGAGAAGAGAAGGCAGUAUGACACUGCAGGAUUUGAGGCUCUUGAUGUGGAUGGUAUGGACAUGGAAAUUGACUUAUCCAAUUUGGGCACCGUUAAUACCAUGUUUGCAGCUUUGUUCAGCAAGUUGGGUGUCCCCAUUAAGACUACGAUAUCAGCCAAUGUACUCGAAGAAGCUCUAAAUGGAACUGUUACCAUCAGACCUCUUCCUAUUGGAACAUCAGUCAGUGGGAAGGUAGAUAAACAGUGUGCUCACUUCUUUGGUGUAACAAUCAAUGAUCAACAGGCUGCGGCAGGCAUUGUUGUCAGAGUUACUUCCACUGCUCAAAGCAAACUUAAGCUGCUAUACUUUGAGCAAGAUGCCAAUGGUGGUUAUGGUUUAGCCUUACAGGAGGAUAGUGAGAAAAAUGGCAAGGUUUCAUCUGUUGGAAUGUAUUUUCUACAUUUUCAAGUAUACAGGAUGGAUUCAACUGUGAAUGCGUUAGCAAUGGCCAAGGACCCUGAGGCUGCUUUUUUCAAGAGGUUGGAAGGCCUUCAACCUUGUGAGGUUUCAGAACUGAAAGCUGGAACGCAUAUAUUUGCUGUCUAUGGCGAUAACUUCUUCAAGUCUGCAACCUACACAAUUGAGGCACUUUGUGCAAAAUCAUAUGAAGAUACGACAGAGAAGCUCAAAGAAAUUGAAGCUCAAAUUUUAAGAAAGAGAAAUGAGUUGCGGCAAUUUGAAACUGAAUAUAGGAAGGCACUUGCACACUUUCAAGAAGUUACAAACCGAUACAGUCAGGAAAAACAAUCUGUCGAUGAACUUCUAAAAAAGAGAGAUAGCAUUCACUCUUCUUUCACGGUUUCCGGACCAGCAAACCAUAAUGAUAUUGCCAGUAGCUUAAGUAAUGGAAAAGUUGAUGAUUCAAAAGUUUACACUGCCGGAGAAGAUGGGGGCUUAGAUGGAAAGGACAAACCUACCAAGAAGAAAUGGUUUAAUCUUAAUCUCAAAGGGUCAGACAGAAAGCUCGGUUGAGAUUACAUGGGGCAUUUCAAAUUUUGCUUCUCUCUGGGAAGUUUUGGUGGGCAAACAUUAAGCAAUUGGGUGCCCAUCAAGCCGCUUUGUUUCUUGUGAGUUGCCUGAUAAUACUGUUUACUGUAUCUACGAUAUGGGUUUUUGAAGAAGAGCUAUAUUAGAAAAAUUGUGUAUUCAUGCCAUUCUGUUUAUGAGUGUAUUGAGUGACUUGCUCAGUUCUCAAAAAUUUUCUAGUAGAGGUAUAUUUAUUAGUUUCUUUAGUGGUAAUAAAUUUGUUUAUUUGGUUUGUGAAGAAAACUCGAGUGUAUAAUAUACAAUUUUCUAUUAAUUUGAAUCCCACCAUGGUAUCCACUGGUUGUUGCUG